AUGGCAGAAAUACACGAUCAGUUCGAUACCAUCCUCAUUCUCGACUUUGGAUCCCAGUAUAGUCACCUCAUCACUCGAAGAUGCCGAGAACAUAAAGUCUACGCAGAGCUGAUGCCCUGCACUACGAAGCUCAAGGAUGUGCACUUCAAACCAAAAGGGAUCAUUCUAUCGGGCUCGCCGUACUCGGUAUACGACAAGGACUCUCCUCACGUCGAUCCAGAAGUGUUCUCGUUCGGAGUACCGAUCCUUGGCAUAUGCUAUGGUUUGCAGGAAAUGGCCUGGAAUCUUCAAGGCAAAGUCGCGAAGUGCGAGCAUCGCGAAUAUGGGUACGCCCAGAUCCAGAUUUCGAAGGUUGGUGACAGUGGGUCCUCUGUCGACGCGUUAUUCGACGGUCUGGGUGAAGAGAUGCAGGUCUGGAUGUCGCACGGUGACCAGCUUUCCGAACUCCCCCCCAACUUCCAUGUUAUUGGAAGAACUUCGUCAGCUCCUUAUGCUGCCAUCGCGCACGACUCUAAACCGUUCUACGGGAUACAGUUCCAUCCAGAAGUCACGCAUUCCCCUCGCGGAAAGGAAGUCAUUGGGAAAUUCAUCUUGAACAUAUGUGGAUGUCAACAAAAUUGGACCAUGGAAGAGUUUAUCGGAAAAGAGAUUACCCGUAUCCGUGAGAUUUGCGGACCCAAAGGACGAGUUAUCGGUGCUGUCAGUGGGGGGGUUGACAGCACGGUCGCAGCGAAGCUCAUGCACGAAGCCAUCGGCGACAGGAAAGUUGUCCUUGGGACCAAGUGUAGACUAAUAUUAACACCUAUCUCUCAAACUUACAGAUUUCACGCUAUCAUGGUCGAUAACGGAGUACUCCGCAUGAACGAAGCUCAGCAGGUCUUCGACAUGCUUAAUAAGGAUUUGGGGGUCAAUCUCACCGUUGUAGACGCCUCCGAUUUGUUCCUCUCAAGGUUGGACGGUGUAGAAGAUCCGGAGAAGAAGCGGAAAAUCAUUGGUAAUACUUUCAUUAAUGUGUUCGAGGAAGAAGCAGCGAAAAUUGAAGCCGAAGCCGAAGAGGAGGAAAAGAAAGGAGCAGAGGCUAAAGGGCGCGUGGAAUGGCUGUUGCAGGGCACAUUGUACCCAGACGUAAUCGAGAGCAUAAGUUUCAAAGGGCCUAGCGCGACCAUCAAGACGCAUCACAACGUCGGCGGACUUCUCAAAGACAUGAAACUCAAGCUCAUUGAGCCGUUGCGUGAACUGUUCAAAGAUGAAGUACGAGCCUUGGGACGGUUGCUUUCCAUUCCCGCCCCACUCGUCCAGCGACAUCCUUUCCCUGGCCCUGGCCUGGCCAUACGUAUCUUAGGCCCAGUCACUCGUGAUCAAGUGAAGAUUCUGCAACAAGCUGAUAGUAUUUAUAUCGAAGAAAUCCGAAAAGCCGGACUUUACGAUCAAAUCUCUCAGGCAUUUGCUGUCCUUCUCCCUGUCAAGGCCGUUGGAGUGAUGGGCGACGCGCGGACGUACGAGCAAGUUAUUGCUCUACGGGCUGUCCAAUCGGAGGACUUCAUGACAGCUGAUUGGUAUGCUUUUCCUCCAGCAGUAUUGAAACGUAUAUCCUCCAGGAUAACAAACGAGGUUUCUGGAAUCAAUCGCGUCACUUAUGAUAUCUCUUCCAAGCCUCCUGCGACGGUGGAAUGGUUGUAG